UGCAUUUAUGCUCAUUCUAAUGGCAUAGUGCAAUGUGCAAUACUAAUUUUCGUUUCAUUAUAUCUAAUUUUCUCAAUGAUAUAUGCCUAUACAGAAAAAAUAGCAUAUUUAGAGUGUAUUUAAAUCGGAUAAAUAUGCAAUCAAUAUGAAAAUUACUGAGUGAUUAGCGGUAAUAACAGACAUUUUUAAGAAACAAAUUUGAACAGAGGAAAUUUGUCUAGCGAAAAACGUAUCGGAAACAUUUUUUAAUAAUUUUGUGUUGCCGAUUGUUGUGUAUAGUGAUUUAUUACAUUAGUUUUGACGAGUAAAAUUAAUACUAUGGGGAUACCGACAGCCGAUGUAACAGCUAUCUACAGUAAAGACAGUAAACUGAAAAAAUCAGAUGUAGGCGCUCUGAAGGAUUGGGCAAAUAAACAGCCACAUUUGCCAGAGAUUUCUGAACUGCAAACAAUAUUAUUUUUACAAAGUUGUUAUUAUAGCAACGAACUGGCAAAAAUUACCAUCGACAAUUUCUUCACUGUAAGAACCAUCUGCCAGGACAUUUUUUUCAAAAGGAACCCUUCAGAUCCAACCGUACAGGCUUCUCUUCAAUGUUGUUUAAUUCAGGUACUACCCAAGCUUACCCCACCUCCAGAAAACUAUACCAUCAUUUUGGCAAAAUUAUUGGACUGCAAUCCUGACAAGUUCAACUUUCCCAACCAAAUUCGUCAUUUUGACAUGAUAGAAAUGUUGCAUUUGCACCAGAACGGUCCACAAAAUGGUCUAAUGCUGGUGUUCGACAUGAAAGGAAUGGUUUUCGGUCAUUUAACCAGACUCAGUAUUGUCGUGAUGAAAAAGUUAUUCUUCUACUUACAGGAAGCCAUGCCAAUAAGGCUAAAAGGAAUACAUUAUAUUAACGUCGUACCUUUUAUGGAUAAGUUGUUAGCUAUGAUGAAACCGUUCAUGAAAAAGGAGCUAAUAGAUGUUCUAUACGUGCAUGCCCAUUCAAUGGAGUCUUUAUACAAAUUUGUACCGAAAAACUGUCUACCAGCAGAAUAUGGUGGUGAAUGUGACUCGGUUGAUGUCCUACAUGAAAAGGAAAAGCAGUGUAUCAACGAUAAUGGUGAAUUUUUUGAAUAUGAAGAAACUCAAAUUGUGAAUGAACAAAAACGCCCGGGAAAGCCAAAAAAUUCUGGAGACUUUUUUGGCGUAGAAGGAACAUUUAAAAAGCUAGAAGUAGAUUAAUUUAUAUCCGAUAAAAAUAUUAUGCAUCGUAUUUAAAAGAGAUCGAAUAAAUACAAGUACUUAAU